UGACUGCAUGUUGCUGCUUUUAGUUAAUCACUGAUGUGUUAAGUCUUUCAAAUAAGCGUGGAUUGAGUGAAUAGUGAGAGCUGAGGAGCGUGGAUUGUUAACCACCAAAUCCUAGGCAGUCAUCCCUACAGGCGUACCAUGUCAGAACUGGUAUUGGUAAUUCUACUGGUGAUAGGGGCUCUCUGUCCACUGGUACAUUGUAGGACCUAUUAUGCAGACGAUUGCCCGACCCGCGUCCUCACCGUCUACGAAUUUGCUUCAACAACAAUCGAAGCGUGGCGGAGUUCGGGUGACACCAUUUUCAGGUCGCCAUCGAUGUGCACCAUAAACUUUGAAGCGGGUGUCGGGAGCCGCGUUGAAGUCAAUUUCAGGGAGCUAAACAUACCUUGUGGUGGUGGAACAAAUAUCGUGUUUUACGAUGGAUCUGACACGUCGGCAAUCAAAAUCACGACCAUCGAGUGCUCGUCGCCUCUGCCAGAUCAAUUUCUGAGUUCCGGGCCAUAUCUUACAGCUGAAAUUUUCCCUGGCAUUAGCACAAGCUACGAUUUUAGAUUUUCAGUUUAUGAAAGACCCCCAGGUGUCUGCGAUGACGGCAGUUGUACGGGAGACGGGAAGCUGGAGGUAACAACUAUCCUGAAGAUCGUAGGAGCGGCAGUCGGGGUGCUCGUCCUCAUCGGUAUCAUCAUAUGGUUUAUCAUACGAUACAGAAAACAGGCACGCGAGAGGAGGAAUAACAUGGCUUCUCGGCAACAGAGAGAGCAAGAAUUCCUGGCUACGUACCAGGCGGAACACCCCGAAGCACAGGGUACGGGAGCACCCGACACAAAAGUAAACAACCUACCUCCCACUUAUGCUACAGCGACGGAUCCAAACUAUGGAUAUCCGAAACAGGCAUAAUAUGGGCCUUCCUGUGGAGAUAUUGCAGCACGAGGGCGUAUUAUUAUAUCCCAAGGAAAUCAAAAUCGGAUCAAAACUCUUCAUACGUACCUGCUUCUGGCAUUGAUAACAGUUUUCAAUUUUUGAGUGGAGUCUUAUUGGAAAGAGAUCUACUUCAGUUACAACAACAUUUUUAAAUACAUUUUAUAGCAGUAAAUGUUUGCUCGAAAUGAGCUGAAAAACUCAGGGCACCGGGAAAACUGCAAAUGACACUACAUAAGAUAGCUUGCCUUUUGCGCUAUCAGACUUAGUUUGCUCAUAACGGGAAAUUGCUGCUAGAUGCCACAACUGUGACCCUUCACUUUUCAUCUCAUUUUACCCCUUUCCUUAUAUUUUGAAAGCGAAGUGAGUAAAAAAA